AUGCUAAAGUUACAAAUCCCACUUGAUGGUGUCGAAGAAUCCAUUGUAUAUGAUGAACUCAUCAGCAGUUCUGUUAAGGACCUACCUAAGACGCCUAAUGAAUUUCGUUUGGAGCCUACAGAAGUUAAGAUACAAGCCAAACAUAGGGCUGAAGUCAAGGUUUUCCUUGUGGCGAACAUUGCAAAAAAGUAUAGUGGUAAUAUAAUAAUCUCAUCAGAGAUGCAUUUAUAUGAAAAUAAAAAACUUCCAGUUUGUUUUAAUGCUAUAGCUCCUGAAAUAACUUGUUCUCCUGAUACAUUGAGGUUACCGUAUUGCUUUAAAGGCAGUGAAUAUGAACAAACGAUAUUAAUAUCUAAUAAGGGAAAUGUACAAGUCAGUUUCUGGCUGCUGGAUUAUAAGGAUCUACAAAGAGGAAUAUACUGUCAUAGGAGAGACAAUGAAAUGGGACUAAUCGAUCCUUUGGGGUCUGCUGAGUUCACUUUUCAAUUAAGUUCAGGAAGUCUUGGAGAACACAACUUUACAUUGUUGGGAUUUGUUCUUGGAAACGGCAUUGUCCCCCUUUGUGAUAUCACAAUCGUAGGAAUCGGACCAGUGGUUAUAGUCAAAAAUGAAAGUUUGAUUUGGUCCAAUAUCAAUAUUUUGAAACCAUACGAGAAGACAUUAUCUAUCUUUAAUGCUUCACCUAUUAUUGCUGAAUUUAUUAUAUCAUUUGAAAAAGACUCCAACCUCUGGAUGGUCUCUAUCCAUGAUGGAAUAAUUGAUCCAGAUGAAACAGUUUAUGUUACCAUUACGCCUAAUCCAAUUGAUGUAGGGCUCCUUAAAGAUCAUCUUAAAAUCCAAGUCAAAGAUAGCAGAAUUCUGACGGUUAAACUAGAAGCCAUGGUGACAGGAUCCAGUAUUGUGUUUUCGCCUAAUAUAUUUCCAUUUAUAGACUUUGGUCCUGCAUUGAGGUAUUUAAUACGGAAUUCUUAG